AAAUUCAUUCAUUCACCUCUCUUCCCGCUGGGACAAUACAAUCGGCCAUAAACAGCAAACAUCCAAGCCCCUGUACAUAUCCAUCUCCAUCUAUAUAAAGAUCCAGCUGAAAUCACGCUGUCGCCCAAAUGGUUCUCCCCCGAUUCCUCUAUCGUUUACCAAGACCAAUUGCUAAACCAUAUCCUUUGAUUCCCAAAACUUAUACCCUCUCUCCUAAUUCCUCUCUCCCUCCUUGUCAAGAUCAAAACUCGACUCCCAGUCCAACAAACCAUGUCGAAAAUCCAGUUGGGUUCCCUCCCGCUGCGCUUCUUCUUCUUCGGUUUCACAACACUCCAGGCUUCCACAGACCAAUCCAUGACAAUUCAGCAAAUACCCAAGUCUCUAGCAACACCACUGACCAAAACACAGAUCUUACAUCAGCCCGAAUUUCCGAAAACAGUGAAAAACUUUGCAAAAUACUACUAUCAAACCACCACACUUUAGCAAGUCCUGACCCUGCUUUAAACUCUGCCAAAGUUGAGGUGUGCCCCACACUUUCUAUUUCAGUACUGAAAAAACUGAGCAACGCUGGAAUCCUCGCCCUCUCCUUCUUCCGGUGGGCCGAGAAGCAAAAAGGGUUCAAACAUACCACAGAGAGUUACAAUGCUUUGAUUGAGGCUUUGGGAAAGAUCAAGCAAUUCAAGAUGGUUUGGAAUUUGGUGAGCGAAAUGAAACAGAGGAAUCUGUUGACGAAAGAGACAUUUGGGCUGAUUUCGCGUAGGUACGCAAGGGCUAGGAAGGUGAAAGAAGCCAUUGAGGCAUUUGAGACGAUGGAGAAAUUCGGGUUGAAGCUAGAAUUGUCGGAUUUUAACCGGCUGAUUGAUACGUUGAGUAAGUCGAGAAAUGUGGAAAGAGCACACCAGGUGUUUGAUAAAUGGAAAAACAGAAAGUUUCAGCCCGAUAUCAAGUCGUACACGAUUUUGUUGGAAGGGUGGGGGCAGGAACAGAAUUUGAUUCGUUUGGAUGAGGUUUAUAGGGAGAUGAGGGACGAUGGGUUUGAGCCGGAUGUUGUGACUUAUGGAAUUAUGAUCAAUGCUUUUUGUAAAGCUAAGAAGUUCGAUGAAGCGAUUCGGAUGUUUCAUGAGAUGGAAACAAAGAAUGUAAAUCUAACUCCACAUAUAUACUGUACUUUGAUCAAUGGAUUGGGAGCUGACAAAAGGCUCAGUGAAGCUGUCAAGUUUUUUGAACUAUCCAAGGCCAGUGGUUUUGUUCCGGAGGCACCCACUUAUAAUGCACUUGUGGGUUGUUACUGCUGGUCACAGAGGAUGUAUGAUGCGCAUAAGGUGGUAGAUGAGAUGAGAAAAUGUGGGGUCGGUCCGAAUUCACGAACAUAUGACAUAAUCCUUCAUCACUUGGUAAAGAAUGGGAGGACUAAACAAGCAUACUCGAUUUUCGAAAAAAUGAGCGAUGACUGUGAGCCAAGUGUGAGUACUUAUGAAAUCAUUGUUAGGAUGUUUCGUGAUGAGGGGCGUUUGGCUAUGGCAGUGAGGGUUUGGGAUCGGAUGAAACAGAAAGGAGUUCUCCCGGGUAUGCAUAUGUAUUCGACCUUGAUUAACAGUUUGUGCCAUGAGAAUAGGCUGGAUGAUGCGUGCAAGUAUUUUCAGGAGAUGCUUGAUAUGGGCAUUCGGCCUCCUGCCCCGAUGUUCAGUAAUCUGAAACAAGCUCUUCUUGCCGAUGGGAGGAAUGAUGCUGUUCAGAUUCUGGGUCAGAAGCUCGAGAAACUGAGGAAAACACCCCUAGUUGGUUGAUGAGUUUGAGAGAUCUUACGGCUUGGAAUUCUUGUGGCUGUUUAGAUCACAUUGCGAAUCGUGGUAAAGGAAACCAAAAGUGUUGGGGACUGAAUAUGGAACUAUUUACGCCGGAAAGCAGCCGUGCAGUAGAGGAAGCAUUGCGGCAUUUGGAUGCUCUGAAUAGAAAUUAGCAUUUGCUUAGUUUGGAUUCAGAGAUCGUUUAUGGAGAAACUUGAGUUUGAGAAUAUGUCUGCAUGCACAAUGAGAAAAAAGAGGGAGGCUGCUGCUUAUAAAUUAUAAUGACAAUGCAUGGAUUUUAAUAGAUUUUGGGGUUUGGCCAUUUCUCCAUUCAUGAUCUUCAGAACCAAAUAUCUGUGAUUGAGGCAACCUUGGCAAAGAUUUUGGCUUGUUCAAUGACUUGAAAAGACUUAUUUCUCUUCUUUUUAUUUUUAUGUUUUUAGAUACUACUAUGAUAGCCGACUCCAAGUGAUUGGGACGUAAGGCUCGGUUUGGUUUGGUUUGGUUUUAGAUACUACUAUGAGAUAAGAAAUAUAUACAUCUGCAUGAGAAGGGGUAUGGCGUUUCAACUACCUGUUUGCAUGUGUGACAGAGGUUCCUGAAGUUUGGGAAAGAUGCACAAUACUUUCAGUGUAUCUGAAAUGAUUCUAGUGCCCUAUUUUGGGUCACUUUUAAAUACCUUUGAAUCUUCA